UUGAAUUGGAAUUUGCCAUUUUCCCGAUAUCGAAUGGUACAAUGUACAGUGAGUCGUGUUGACGUACUUUCGUAUUAUAUCUAAUACAAAAUUAUUCUUAAAUAAUUUUCUUCUCACACAACAACUACAUAAAAUAUUGCAGAAAUAAUAUCUAAAAUUUAAAAGUGAAUUUUAGUUGUUCUGUCCGAACACGCAGACAAUUUUGUGAUCGUACGCACUUAAGGUGUAGUCAGUGAUCCAUAAAAGCGCAGUUUAAUUAAAGUUAAAAAAAAUAAUGGCCGAACAAGUUAAACUGUUCACACGCAAGGAGUUGGAGUCCAGGAAGAGCCGCAAGGAUGCGGUACUCAUCAUACACAACGGUGUCUACGAUGUUAGCAAAUUCCUGGAAGAGCACCCUGGUGGCGAGGAGGUGCUACUAGAGAAGGCGGGGCAGGACGCUACCGAGCCCUUCGAAGAUGUCAGCCACAGUUCAGACGCCAGGUCUAUGAUGAACAAGUACAAGAUCGGCGAGUUGGUGGAGGCGGACCGGGACCAGACGAAGCCCGCGUACUCUCCCGACUGGAACGAUCAGGCGCAGGAGCAGGGCAACGCGUGGAGCACGUGGCUGACACCGCUGCUGCUGGGGAUCGCCGCCACCCUCGUGUACCGGUACCUGUUCGCGUAGUGCCGUCGCCUCAUCACCAGUCGCUGUUGCAGUCAUCACCGCCACCAGCACCUCGUCUCCGCUCAGCUGCAG